AUGGGCCGUCUCCGCCGCUCUCGUACCCACCACGCACGCCGCGACGUCUCCCGCGCAGCACGUACCCGCGUGCGCACAAAGGAUCUCGACCAGAUCCAGCACGACAUUGACCACUCGCGCAAGAAGCUUGAGAAGCAACCCAUUGACGAGGACAAGCCCGGUCUCGGGCAGCAUUACUGCGUUGAGUGCGGCAAGUACUACGAGUCGGACGCGGCCUUGCGCACCCACACCAAGAGCAAGGUGCACAAGCGCCGCCUCAAGGACCUCAAGGAGGGCGCGUACACUGUCGAGGAGAGCCAGCGCUCCGCCGGCAUCAGCGCGCCUGACAACCGCCAGCGGGGGGUUGAAGAAGUCGCCCGCCGUUUCGGUGACGCCGGCGUCGGGAGCAAAGACGAGGCGUUCGUGCACUCUGCACCGACCAAGGCUUCGUCUUAG